CGUAUGACAUAUAGGACUUCGCCGCCACUCCCUAGCCCCCCAACUAACCAGCCCACCCAUUCGUUUCCUCCCCUUCUCCUGCUGCAGCUGCUCCCCAUUUCCCGUUCCGCACCUCCGCGUCGUCGCCUCCCUCCGUUUCCCACCCCGCCGGUCUCCGAUCCUGCUCAUGCCGCCCCGUUGAUUCGCCCCUGUACUUGCCUGGCCUCAUCAGAGGGUUUUCUCAAUCAGUUCAACCAGAGAAAGCUGCAAACUGAUUUGGAGUUACCUGAGAUUUUGAGCCAGUUUAGCGUAAAAGGUCUAGAAGUGUUUGGGAAAAGUUAUGUCUUUUGUUAGGCGAGCAGACCCGUCAACAGCUUACACAGAUAAUCUUUACAUCCAUAAAUUUGCUGCACCAAGUUCAAACUUCGCUGUACGAAGAUUUUCCUCUGAUACACAGUUGUUCCGUUAUGGCCCUGAACCAUACAAUGGUGAGUAUGGGCACAUGGGUUUCACUGGAUCACCAUCGGCUGCAUUUCAAAACUCGUUUUGCAGUCAGCAGGCUUCACUAACACCAUACCAUCUAACUGCUGAUGGACGAUCUCUGAGUGUUGCAGAUACACAGUCCAACUCGUGCUCUGAUGCAGCAAAAGAAUCACCAGUGGCCUCCAAUGUCUCUCAACAGAACUCCCAGUCUGUAUCAGAUACUCAAAGCUCUGAAAUUGAAGUGGAGUUUGAUGAAGACGAGAUUAGACUGAAGCUUCAGGAGCUAGAGCAUGCUUUACUUGAGGAUGGUGAUGAAAUCUUGUUUGAGAUUUCACAGGCAGGUAGCAUAAAUGAUGAAUGGGCUGAUCCGAUGAAGAAUGUAUUGCUUCCAAAUUCACCAAAGGAAUCAGAAUCAAGCAUCAGUUGUGCUGUUAGCAACAGCAGAGCCACACGGACUCCAAAGCAGUUGUUAUUUGACUGUGCCACAGCAUUAUCCGAAUACAACAUAGAUGAAGCACAGGUGAUCAUAUCAGACCUCCGUCAGAUGGUCUCAAUUCAAGGGGACCCUUCUCAGAGGAUUGCAGCCUACCUGGUGGAGGGCCUUGCUGCAAGAAUAGUAGCUUCAGGGAAUGGCAUCUACAAGGCCUUGACUUGCAAGGAUCCUCCAACUCUUUAUCAGCUCUCAGCAAUGCAAAUCCUCUUUGAAAUAUGUCCAUGCUUCCGUUUGGGUUUCAUGGCUGCUAAUUAUGCUAUACUUGAAGCCUGCAAAGGUGAAGAAAGAUUGCACAUUAUCGACUUUGAUAUCAAUCAGGGCAGCCAAUACAUUACAUUGAUACAAUUUCUGAAAAACAAUGCAAACAAACCACAGCAUUUGAGGAUAACUGGUGUUGAUGACCCUGAGACGGUGCAGAGGCCAAUUGGAGGUCUGAAGGUCAUUGGGCAACGCCUAGAGCAGCUUGCACAUGACUGUGGAGUAUCUUUUGAGUUCAGGGCAGUGGGUGCUAAUCUCGGGGAUGUUACACCUGCAAUGCUAGAUUGUCGUCCUGGGGAAGCACUUGUAGUCAAUUUUGCAUUCCAGCUGCACCACCUUCCUGAUGAGAGUGUUUCGAUUAUGAACGAGAGAGACCAGCUCCUUCGCAUGGUAAAGGGCCUCCAACCAAAGUUAGUGACCCUUGUUGAACAGGAUGCCAAUACUAAUACUGCACCCUUUCUCACAAGGUUCCGUGAAGUCUAUGAUUACUACGCCGCACUUUUCGAUUCACUGGAUGCUACACUUCCAAGGGAAAGUCCGGAUAGAAUGAAUGUGGAGAGGCAGUGCCUUGCACGGGAAAUUGUUAACAUCUUAGCUUGUGAAGGUCCUGAUCGUGUGGAGAGAUACGAAGUUGCUGGGAAAUGGAGAGCAAGAAUGACAAUGGCUGGCUUCACACAGUGCCCAUUUAACAGCAAUGUCAUCUGUGGAAUAAAAUCGGUACUGAAAUCGUACUGCGAUAGGUAUAAGUUCGAGGAGGACCAUGGGGGACUUCACUUCGGCUGGGGGAAGAAAACUCUCAUCGUCUCCUCCGCCUGGCAAUAGAGCAUCAGAGCUGAUGGAGUUGCAUUAGUAUUGCUGUAUGUUAGGAGCUUCUGGUGCAGACUGUAAAAAGAUGUGAACCGCUGGGCUGUUAACUGAACCUUACAUAAUCGUAGAUGUCUGCUUGUCAGAAAUAAUUGAGUUUGCCUUAUUACCCCUGUGCUA